GCAGUAGCUAGCUACUUGUCUCCGUGCGGUUCAUUCAAUGGCUGCCUCCUCCGAUCCCUGUUAUCUGGGAUUUGAUUUCAGCACUCAGCAGUUGAAGGUGAUUGCUGUUGAUGAAAAGCUGAACGUGAUUCACCAGAACAAUGUUCAAUUUGACAGCGAAUUCUCAGAAUACAGAACCCAGGGUGGGGUGCAUAUACAGAGCGACAGACUCACUGUUACCUCUCCAGUGCUGAUGUGGGUGAAGGCCCUUGACAGCAUUCUUGAGAAGAUGAAAAAGGAUGGCUUUGAUUUCUCUAGUGUGAAAGCUCUAUCAGGAAGUGGCCAGCAACAUGGUAGUGUGUACUGGAAGACAGGGGCCAGUGAAGUUCUUAAAAACCUUGAUCCAGAAAAGCGUUUACAUGACAUACUUCAGGGGUGUUUUGCGGUGACGGAUAGUCCGGUCUGGAUGGACUCCAGCACCACAGAGCAGUGUCACAGCCUGGAGACAGCCAUCGGUGGAGCACAGAGACUGGCAGACAUCACAGGGUCACGUGCUUAUGAGCGAUUUACUGGGAAUCAGAUUGCCAAGAUUUGCAAAACAAAACCAGACCAGUACCAUCAAACUGAGAGGAUCUCGCUGGUGAGCAGUUUUGCCUCCUCUCUUUUCCUGGGAAGCUACGCUGAUAUCGAUUAUAGCGAUGGUUCAGGGAUGAACUUGAUGGAUAUCUUCACGAAACAGUGGGCACAGCUGUGUCUGAAUGCCACUGCCCCACAGCUGGCUGAAAAGCUUGGCACCCCAGUACCAUCCACAGCAGUUCUGGGUCCGGUCUCCGCCUACUUCAUCAGCCGCUACGGGUUCCCACUGGACUGCAAAGUAGUGGCUUUUACAGGGGACAAUCCAGGAUCUCUCGCAGGGAUGAGGCUUCAGGAAGGAGACAUAGCUGUGAGUCUCGGCACCAGUGACACGGUCUUCCUAUGGAUCAAGGAGCCCAAACCUACUGUGGAAGGACACAUCUUCUGCAACCCUGUCGACCACCAGGCCUACAUGGCUUUAAUAUGCUUCAAGAAUGGUUCCCUCACUAGAGAGAGAAUCCGGAAUGAGUGUGCUGGAGGCUCAUGGGAAGUUUUUUCCAAGGCACUGAUGUCUGCUCCCAUGGGAAACAAUGGGAACAUAGGCAUCUAUUUUGAUGCGAUGGAGAUCACACCACCUACUGCUGGGGUUCACAGAUUUAAUGAAGAGAACACUAAGGUAGCAAGAUUUUCGGAGGAGGUCGAAAUCCGAGCAUUAGUCGAAGGACAGUUCCUGGCAAAGAGGGUCCAUGCUGAAAAGCUGGGAUAUAAAAUCAUUUCCAGAGCAGCAGGAAUAUGGUGUUGCUCAAGCAGAGCAUGCUACUGGAAGACCACUCAUUCUCCUGACCUUAACCGGGCUCGAGUGUCAGAAGUACAGGCUUCCACACCUGAUACAGGAGCCGCCUCACUGAGCAGUAGGGGCAGUCGGUGUAGUCUGCUUACUGUGAUGACUCUGCUUGGGAAUGUUCUGGAAGAGAGGAGUAUAUAGCAAUAAUGAGCAUUAAAUUGCAAAACAGAGGCCCAUCCCCCCUGGAGCAAUGUUGGGUUAAGGGCCUUGCUCAAGGGCCCAAGAGCUGCCCUGGUCUUAUUGUAUCCACACUGGGGCUUCAACCACCAACCUUUUCUGGUCCCUGUCAAGCAACUUAGCCACUAGAAUAUAGACUGCCCACACAUUGCUUUUGAGAAGCUAUUGUGAAACAGUUGCAUUACCAAGAAUUAGCUAUUUAGGAAAAUGUACAUGCACACCCGCACAAGCAUGUGAACAUGCACGCAAACAUACAUGUAUGCGUACAUAAACUCCCAGAGUGGCUCAUCCAAAAUGGUAAUUAAGAUUGAAAUACUAAUGAUUUGAAUAGCAUGAAGUGUUGAUGAGCCACUAGUCUGCAUUGAAUUUGAUUUCAGAAUGUAUACCUCAAAAAUGUCCAAGCAUAAUGUGAAUUGUUUUUAAUUGUUUAAUUAUGAUAUACUUUAUCUUGGAAACUGUGUAUUAAGGCUAAAAAGAAAAUAAAUUUUUUCAUCUGUU